CCUCAAUUCAGGGAAACGCAGGUCAAACUGGGCUGGGGUUUGAUGGGGGCGAUGUAAGUGACCUCUCAACUGACAUUUGCUUUAACGCGAGAAACUCUUGACCGUUGUACUUGUUCCUGACAGAGGAUGGAGGAGAUCCUAGCCAAUCUGUGUGGGACCAGUCCCGUAAAUCCACUCCCUGUCUGGGUCCACAGCAAUGUCGGGCACUGUUUUAACCAGCUGAUUUUGAACACUAUACCUCACAUGGUCCUUGCUGUAAUAAGUGCUUGCUACAUAGGAACACCAAGGUAUAGUGACAGGUCUUUAGGUUCUCGGACUGUGUACAGAACUGGGUGGAAAUGCAGAAUUGCUGCGUCCUUUAUCUUUGCUGGUUUGUCCAUCCUUGACAUAAUUCCAGCAGCCGUUUGGCGACAGAAAUUGGACCCCUUGUACCUGGAAGUAUUAGCAAGUGGCACAGGCACAUUGGCAUGGCUUACUCACAGCUUGGCACUACUUGCUCUCUACAAGUCUCCCUACAGCUUCAACCGUGGCCCUACCCUCCUACUAAUCCUUGCCUUAUUUCCAAUCCCAUCACUUAUUAUAUCCUUGGUGUGGCGCUGCCAGACUGAGAUGGGUGGUCAGCAGCUUCAACCUGACACCAUUUUCCGACUGUCUAUCCUCUGCCUGCAGUUAGCUUCUCUGCUUCUCUAUGUAGUUGGGUAUAUCAUUCCUACAGCCAGCAGGCUAGACUAUUGCUCUCUCAAUGAUUUCUGGCAGCAAGAGCCCCUGGUCACAGACUCAGGGAUCCCCACACCUUCUUGGCAAGGAGUGGCAGAGGAUGGAGAGAGCUGGCUCUCGCGUUUCUCCUAUGCUUGGAUGAACCCUCUGAUGAAACGUGGCUACCUGUGGAUGCUGAAUCGGCCACAGGAUGUCUUUCAGCUCCCUCGACAGCUCCAGGCCAGUGCAGUCUGUGAACACUUCUACUCCUGUUGGCGGAAAAAAGCAGCUCUCAGCCAAGAGGAUAAAGAGACUGCAUCUUCAACGGACAGAUCAUUUGCCAAAAGUAACGUGAGAAUUGAUGAAUUCUCAUCUCCAGCACAUCCUUGUGAUACCCAAAAGCCUGUACAUCUCCUGUCAGUGUUGCAUGCCGCCUUUGGGCUACGCUAUUAUUCCCUGGGCCUGCUCAAACUGGCUGGCAGUCUUUUGGCAUUCUCUGGGCCUCUGCUUCUGAACCUGCUGGUUAGUUUCAUGGAGUCACGCCAAGAACCUCUCAGCAAUGGGAUAAUGUAUGCACUGGGACUCUUUGCUGGUACCUUACUGGGUGCCCUAUUGCGUAACCAGUUCAGUUACCAGAUAAACAAGAUGAUGCUUAUGGUGCGCACUGCAGUCAUCUCUGCCAUCUACCAGAAAGCCCUCCGGGUGAGUGGCAGCAGCCUGGCUGGCUUCACCACUGGCGAGAUUGUCAACUUCAUGAGCACUGACACUGACCGCUUGAUCAAUUUCUGCCUCAGUUUCCACGAGCUGUGGAGUCUUCCCUUCCAAUUUGCCAUUACCCUCUACCUCCUGUACCAGCAAGUAGGCAUAGCUUUCCUGGGAGGCCUGGCUCUGGCUCUGCUUCUUGUGCCCAUCAAUAAAGUGGUUGCCAAUCGCAUCAUGGAAAACAACAAGGAAAUGCUGAAGCACAAAGAUGAACGUGUCAAGCUGAUGACGGAGUUCUUGUGUGGCAUGCGAGUGAUCAAGUUCUACACCUGGGAGCAGCAUUUUGCUAGUAGAGUGUAUACUUGCAGAGCCAAGGAGUUGAAGAGCCUUCGAGCAAUCAAAUACCUGGAUGCUGUGUGUGUCUACCUCUGGGCAGCAUUGCCUGUGGUUGUCUCCAUUGUCAUCUUCAUCACUUAUGUUCUACUUGGACACCAGCUCUCUGCUACCAAGGUGUUUACAGCUUUGGCACUUGUUGGGAUGCUCAUUCUACCUCUCAAUAAUUUCCCCUGGGUGCUGAAUGGGAUUUUAGAAGCCAAAGUAUCUCUGGAUCGAGUCCAGCACUUCCUCGAGCUCACAGACCAGGAUCUGGAUGCUUACUAUAGCAGAGAAGGCCCUUCUGACCCAUCUUCUGUCCUGGAAAUGCGCCACACCACCUUUUCAUGGUCACCAGCAAGCACAGAAAAUGCUGAAUCCCACUUGCCCAGAGGAAGUUUGCAGCUCUUUAUUCAAGAUCUGGUGGUGGCAAAGGGCACACUGGUGGGAGUCGUUGGGAAAGUUGGGUGUGGAAAAAGCUCUUUGUUGGCAGCCAUCACUGGAGAACUCAGUAGUCGAGGUGAGCAAGUUUAUGUCUGGGAUCUGGAAAAAGGAUUUGGCUUGGCCACGCAAGAGCCCUGGAUCCAAUUUACCAGCAUCCGCGAAAACAUCCUCUUUGGGAAGGAAUAUGAUGCCAGGUUUUACCAGGAAGUCAUUGAGGCUUGUGCUCUCUCUGAUGACUUGAAUAUUUUGCCAGCAGGCGAUCAGACAGAGGUGGGUGAGAAUGGAGUUACACUCAGCGGGGGACAGAAAGCUCGAGUUGCGCUUGCAAGAGCUGUUUACCAGGAUAAAGACUUGUACCUUCUCGACGACCCACUGGCAGCUGUUGAUGCAGAUGUCGCCAAACACCUUAUGCAGAAGUGCAUUCUGGGAAUUCUCAAAUGUAAGACCAGGAUUCUUUGCACCCACAGAACAGAGUUUUUGGAAAAGGCUGACAUCUUAUUGCUAAUGGACAACGGCAGAAUACUCAAGACAGGAACUCCAAAUGAGAUCCUGCCACUAGUGCAAGCUGCCCCUCAGCUCAGGGAAAUGGACAAGACAAAUGAGGAUAAAAUACCCACUGAAUAUAGCCAAGAAGAAGAGGUACAGCCUGAGGAAGACGAGCCAAUUGAAGCAAAUUGUCUCCUCAAGCGAGAGGAAGAGAAGAAAGAAGGGGCUGUGGCUUUCCAGGUCUACCAAACAUAUUGGCUGGCUGUGGGCAGCUGCCUGGCAUUGUCCAUCCUUCUCUCACUGCUGCUGAUGCAAGCUUCUAGGAAUGUCUCCGAUUGGUGGCUGUCACACUGGAUUUCCAGCCUACCCCGUCCAGAAAACGCCUCUGUCAGCAGCCUGUCAGCUUUGCCUUCCUCACAGUUGCUGCUCUUCUCCCAUGGGGGACUCGUCUCUCCAGUCUUUGCUUCUAUCCCUUCCAAUGGCACUUUGGAUGUGAACUUUUACCUGACUGUGUACGGCUGCAUUGCUGGGGCCAAUUCUGUCUUCACGAUGCUGAGAGCCUUCCUCUUUGCCUAUGGCACCAUUCACGCUGCAAUUGUCAUUCACGACAGGCUGCUCAAAAGAGUGAUGAAGGCCACAGUGACUUUCUUUGACACCACGCCAACAGGCCGCAUCCUUAAUCGCUUCUCCUCGGAUCUGUACUGUGUGGAUGACAGCCUGCCAUUCAUGCUCAACAUCUUCCUGGCCAACAUCUUUGGGCUGCUGGGCAUGCUUGUGAUGAUCACCUAUGGCCUGCCUUGGAUCGGUCUCAUUCUGCUGCCCCUGGCUGCCAUCUACUACUCAAUUCAGCGCUAUUAUCGGCGCACCUCCCGCGAACUCAAACGCCUCUACAGUCUCACCCUGUCCCCCAUCUACACUCACUUCUCAGAGACCCUGACAGGUCUCAGCACAAUCCGAGCAACCAGGGCCACAGGCAGGUUUGAGACAGAGAACCAGCUGCGACUUGAACUGAAUCAGCGGUGCCGUUUUGCCAGUAACACCGCAAUGCAGUGGUUGGACAUUCGGCUGCAGAUGAUUGGAGUUGCUGUAGUCACUGCUAUUGCAGGAAUCGCCAUCAUCCAGCACCAGAAAAAACUGGGAAACCCUGGUCUUGUGGGCUUGGCCCUUUCCUAUGCCCUUUCAGUCACAAACUUGUUGUCUGGACUCAUCAACAGCUUCACCCAGACAGAGACCAUGAUGGUGAGUGUGGAGCGUACCGAGGAAUAUGCAACAGAGAUUCCUGUGGAGCCUCAAGAGGAGCUGCUCCAGGUUUCACCUGAUUGGCCAAGUCGGGGUCACAUUGAGUUUCAGCAAGUAGUGCUGGCCUAUCGGCCUGACCUACCCAAUGCCUUGGAUGGGGUGACUUUCACAAUCUACUCUGGGGAGAAAGUGGGGAUAGUUGGGCGGACUGGAUCUGGCAAGUCCACCCUCUUUUUGGCCCUUUUCCGUAUGGUGGAGCUGAGAGCUGGCCGGAUCCUCCUGGACAACAUUGACAGCCAUUCUGUAGGCUUGAAAGCACUGAGGUCUAAGUUGGCCAUAAUCCCCCAGGAUCCCUUUUUGUUCAGUGGGACAAUCCGUGAGAACUUGGACCCUCGGGGGCAACACACAGAUGCCGACUUGCUGCAAGUCCUGGAGCAAUGCCAUCUGCAGGCAGUGAUUACAGAGAUGGGUGGGUUGGAUUGUGAGCUGGGGGAGAGAGGAAAGAGUCUCUCCGUAGGACAGAGGCAGCUGGUUUGUUUAGCAAGGGCUCUCUUGACCCAGGCCAAGGUCCUGUGCAUUGAUGAAGCCACAGCAAGUGUGGAUCAGAAGACAGACAGAUUACUCCAACAGACCAUCCGCCAGCGAUUUGCAGACAAAACUGUACUGACUAUAGCUCACAGGUUGAACACUAUCCUGGACUCGGACCGAGUGCUGGUGAUGCAUGCUGGGAAGGUGGCGGAGCUUGAUUCCCCUGCCGUUCUCAGUCAGAAGCCAGACUCCCUGUUUCAGCAUCUUCUGCACAGUGGGCAGCAGUGACCUCCCUGCAGAGACACAAACACUGGACAAUUGGUACCUCAUGAUUGGGAAAGUUCCCCUCUGCAAUGUGGGCCCCUUUCCUGAUAGCUGCAGCUUAAUGAAAGAUGCACUCCACACACGGCUGACAGUCCAGCUUACAAAUUGAGAACAGGUGACAGAACAUUCUCUGUCCAGUAAUGCCAAGGGUUGCUGUUGGAUCACUCAACAUCAAGAACACUGUGUGAGACCCUGGAGAGCUUGCUACAAGGCCAUGUGGGCAGUAUAAGGCAGCUGAGCAUUUAACACUCUGUCCUUUCCCUGUCCUGACUUUAUUAAAGACAUCCCCACCCUGUCCCAAGUGGUGUGGCCUACCUUGGUCACAGAACUUGCUUGGCCAGCCACUUUGGCAACUGAAUUGCCAGGGUUGGCAGCAAGUCCCAUGGCUACAGUCUGGCAUCCUCACACAUUGUUUGCAGUAUUCCUCUUCCCAGCCUGUGCCACACCUACAAAAAGAAUACAGGAGGGUCAGAACAAGAAAACAACCAUAUCACAAGUAGCAAAAAUAGGGAAAGGGGUGGGCAGCGCCAUAGGGCAUUAGCUUUGCACUAACAGU